GAGGCACAAGAUCAUCUUGCCAAGAAGAAAGUACCGAAGGAAGUUCAGGAGAAUUACGUCUUCCUGGAAAGUGAAAUCAAGUCACCCAGAGAUGUGGCUGGAGGAGGAAACAGCACUAUUGGAAAUUUAAAAAUUGCUGAAUUUGAUCCACGUGGUCAUUUUGUAAAGAUCCUGAACUGUGCCCCUGAAAAAGAGGAAAGAAUUGGGGAUUAUCUUUUGAAGCAGGACGUCCAAGGUCAAAUAGUGGCUGUAUUUCAGUUUCCCCCUGAGACCACGAUGGGGCCCAAGUCCACCAUGACAGUUAGCGUGAAUAAAAGGAGGCAAAGUCCACGUUCAUCACCAAGCUCAAUGUGGGUCAAUGCAGACCUGUGCGAGCCCUCUUACAAGAAAGCUGGAGAUGCAAGCUGGUGGGAGCCCAGGAUAGCCAGAGUCAAUGCUGUCUUCUGGUUUCGGGCAGCAGAUGCCACAGUGCUUCAGAAACCUCCCUCAGAUUUUCUUUGGGAGGACCUGGAAAGAUUUAGGACAAGCCUUGACUGUGCUACUAUUCUCUGUGAGCCCAGUGGUCAAGCUGUGGCUUGGUACACUCCUCUCUACUGGAACAGAAGGCAAGGAUCGGUGGUGGAAGAGGAAACUGAAAAAAUUGAGAACAUUGUUAUACCAACUUUCUCAACAACAAAGCAAAAACAGGGAUGGGAAAAUGAAUAG